AUGGACAUCAUUGGCCGCAAUGAUCAUUGGCCGCACGAGACUCACAGUGACUGCAAGGCAUGCCUCUACAACCACCCAGGGCAGGUGAGAGGUCAGCCACCUCCAGGGGGAACCAUCGAAGAUGCUGAGCAGCAGGACGCCCAGGUCAAGAUGGAGAAGGUACAAAGAGAUAAGCUGAAAGUGGCACAGGAGACUGCCAUGAGCAAAAACAAAUCAGAUGAGAAGCCGCAACACCUCAACGAGGCGGCCUCCACCGCAGCCAUGAAGCUGGGCUUGGGCCCACCGGAGCCGCCAGGAGGUGCAGCGCCCGAAGCACCUGGGUCUGGAGACGCUGAUGAGGACCCUAUGGACGCAGAGAUUCGAAAGAUGAUGGAACAACAGCAGCAGGAAUACCAAGCGAAGCAAAUGGACAAAAACAACGCUGGCCCCACUGCUCCUAGUGGUGGAAAUGGUGACUUCAACAGUGGCCACCAUGGAGGAGGUGGUGAUGCCAUGUCCAAUGAGACUGGUAUUGGCAGUAAUGGAUCCAUGCACAUGGGCGGUUACGGCGGCUGCGGUGCAUGCACGGGUUGCGGAAGCUGCAGUCCUUUACCUCCCCCACCCAUGCCAAGUGUCCCGGGGUGUGGUGGUGGAUGCGGGUGUUGCGGUUGUGGCUGCGGAAGCUGCAGCGGAUGUGGUAAAGGAUGCAGCGGUUGCGGCCCCUGCGGUUGUGGAGGGUGCCCCUGUGGUGGCUGUGGAUGUGGAUGUCCAAGUGGCCCAAGUUGUGGAUGCUGUGGCCCUUGUGGAUGUGGCAACUGCGGUGGCAACUGUGGCUGUGGUCCUCCCUGCGGUCCUCCUUGUGGUCCGCCACCCUGUGGUCCACCACCUUGUGGUCCACCACCCUGUGGUCCGCCUUGUCCUCCGCCAUGUGGUCCACCCUGUGGCCCUCCACCAUGUGGUCCUCCCUGCGGUCCUCCCUGUGGUCCUCCACCAUGUGGUCCUCCUUGCGGUCCUCCUUGCGGUCCUCCUUGCGGUCCACCUUGUGGUCCUCCUUGUGGUCCUCCUUGUGGUCCCGGCUGUGGCCCUGGCUGCGGCCCCAGCUGCGGUUGCAGCGGAUGUGGCGGAUGCGGAGGAUGUGGAUGCGGCGGAUGCGGCGGAUGCGGCGGAUGCAGAUGCCAGGGUGGGUGUGGUUGCGGAGGCUGUGGUGGUUGCGGUUGCAAAGGCGGUGCUUGUCCCAACAUGGGCGGCAAAGGGAUGGGCAUGGGAAAUUUGGGUCCAGCUGGAUUGAUGAUGAAUUCUGGCUGCCUGAGUCCAGCCGAGGAAGCUAUGAUGUCAAAGUCAAUUACUGAGCUAAAGUCGCUAAUAACAUCCCUGGGUGGUGUUAUACCACCACCUCCCUACCUGAAGCAAGACUUGGCCCGACUGGCAGCAUCACUCUCUCGUAACUGA